AUGUACACGCUGAAACGUAGGCGAGAAUCCGUUGCGACCGUAUACAAGAAGACAACCAAAUUCCUAACUGCCAAUACAGCUAACCUUCUGAAAAAGGUGCCUAAUUCUCGAAAGUACUGUUUGCUGGCAAAAUUAGUGGACGAUAACGAAGAACAGGAUAGAAAAGCUAAUACAGAACAGGAGGAGUCUGAUGAAUGCAGUGAAGACUGGGGCGAUAGAGAUCUUGAUUAUUACCUUGGAGUAAGAAAGAAAGAGACCUAUUGGAGAGAUCCUAUUGGAAAAGAGCAGAUAAAAAAGGACUAUCUCCUCUACCAUUGUGGUGUGACUGAAGAAGAAUAUGAGAAGUUUUACAAGAAGGCUGUAUCGAAGCCGUCUCAUGUGAAGAAGCGGAGACUGAGACAGGUUCCCUUUAAGAUCCACAAGAAGAACAAGAAGGCGCAUAGCCUACGAGAAAACGCUGCGGAAUAUUGGUGCGAGAAGAAAAAUAUUUUCAAAAUUUUCGGGAACAAGAGGGAGAGUACUUCGGCGUCGGACAGUUAUAGUGAAUGUGACUCGGAUGACGAUCACCUCGUUAGGGGAGUGACCAAGUGUAUGGAUGGUCUCGCGAUAUUUGACGACGAUGAUGUAGAUUUAGAGGGCGUACGGAUAAAAGAAGUCUCUGAAGGAAGACCUUGUGAUAACUGUCCAGAGCUAUGCCCGGGUUUCAUAUCACACUCAUGGAGCGAACGUGUUAUAAAUUAUCAACAAGUAGGAAAAAAUCGUCAGCCUUCGACGUCGAGCGUGAGGUCGCACGCGCAGAUCGAAGUGUCAUUGUCAAUUGAAGUGUCGCGUUGUGCGCACGUAUCGGAGAUGUGUUUAUCGCUAAAACAAUUGGAGUGGGCAGAGAUCUGCCGCCGUUUACGGAAUAAAGAUGUAUCAGAAGCGGAUAGAGACGGAGAGAAGAAGAUACAAAAGUUUCCAUCGAGGGCGCGCAAUCAUGCGGUGAGGAGGAAAAGCAACAAUAACAAUAUGCGAUCGCAUGUUAAUUGUGCGGCGUGCGCAAGAGUGGCUGAAGAUGAGAGAUGA